GCCCGAUAUAUUUUUCCAUCCUUCCUAAUUACCAUUAGUGAUUUCCCACUAUGGUAUGUAUCUUACUGGAUAAUUUGCUGAUGAAUUUGUUCCACCGCUAGUCUUCGCUCUUCUCUCUCUCUCUCUUAAACACUACGUCACACACUCCCUGCCCCUUUGCCGUCCUCCGACCUUCCAGGCGCCAGAGCUGUCAACCAUCGGCAUCCCCUCUUCCCAGCCGCCACGACCUCACCAGUACAUAGUUUAACACACAAUAAUGGAAGACAAGGAAAUGGCUAUUGAAAACCAAAAAUCAACGAAGGAACUAGCAGCAGAAGGUCAGAAGCAUCUUGAAGAGACAGUUGAUGCUGCAUUUCAGAUCCUAUCGGCAAUGAACGAUGAGCUCUGCAGCCCAGCCUUGUGGUGUACAACUACCUCUUCCUCUGCUCUAAUUACUGAUUCCAGUACUGCUGCUGCUAUCACUGCUAAUGGGCAUAGUGAGGGCUCAAAUGGUGAUGUUUUGUCAGAUUCAAACAACCACUUAGAUAUGGGUGGUGGUGCUCUCGAAGAAGCUCGUCUUCAGUAUAAAUCUUCUGUGGCUUCUCUUCGUGCUGUUCUCAACUCCAUGCCUCAGUACCACAAGGAAGAUGUGGGUGCUUCUGGAUCACAGGACGAUGAAGCGGAAAUUGGGAAGCUAGAAGAGCAAGUAUCUAAGCUGAGGAUGGAGCUUGCAAAUAAGAAUAAGCACCUCAAGCAUCUUAUAGAUCAGUUUCGAGAUCUUAUCACUGAUUUAUCAACUUGGCAAAGUCCUUGUGCUGUUGCGAGAUAGCUUAUUAGGUACAUGUUUCCGUUGAAGUAGAGCCUCUAUCAUUAUUUUUGCCAUUGACUAGAAGAAACUGAAGUAAAUAGAAGACACGAGCUGACUUUGUACUAUCAAUUUUCUCAUAUAUGUAUACUUGGGAGGCAAUAAUUUAAUUGAGGUAUCCCCUUGUUACAGCAGCAAAUCUUACAUUCUACAA